CUCUUUAAACUAUUAAAAAAGAUAAAGUUAAUUUAUAUAUCUUUAUUAAAAGGACUCUUAUUAUAUAUUAAUGCUUAAUUAAUAUCUUUUUAUAACUAUCACAAAACAUAUAUAAUUUCGUUUUUAUAUAUUUAUAAGGUGUAGAUAUCAUAUUAUGCAUUGUUUUGUUCAGGAUAUUUAACGCAGAAAAAAAGAAUCGCUUUCUAGAGCACCUCGGAUCUAGAUGAAUAAAUGUGAUGAACGACUAACUUUCCCACGUAAGAAAAACAAUAAAAGCAAUAAAUCCAAGUUAAAAUCAAAAGACUUUUUCGAAGAGAGGUAAAUACCAUAGUUGAAUGAAGCAUAUAACAGCAAUAAAAUAGUAGUGGAUUACUUUCCAUAAAUCAUAAUAUACAACAAAAAGCCUAGUGAUUUGCUAUCCAGGUGGCUGGAAAACGAUUUCAAAUAAUAAUUAUUUACAUAAAAAUAAAUAAAUGGUAAAACCUAUUCUGUUCCAAAAAAUUUUUACUGUAACAAAUAAUCUAAAUAUAAUAAUAGAAUGAACUAAUAUUCAAAAAUUUAAAAGAUAAUGACUCUACCUAAUCAUAAAUAUUUCUGGUUUCUGUUAAUAUUAACUUUAUUAUCAAAUAAAAUAAAAAAAUUAAAUGUACUAAUAUUCAAAAAUUUAAAAGAUAAUAACUCUACCUAACCAUAAAUAUCUCUGAUUUCUAUUAAUAUUAACUUUAUUAUCAAAUAAAAUAAAAAAAUUAAGUGUAUCUCUCAAUCUCAUUAUAAAUACCCUGUAUAUCUAUUCUCUCUCCCUAUUUCGUUCGUUAUAGAAAACUUUAUUUAGUUUUCAACAAUGGUUUAUUUGAAGGUUUUAUCCAUUUUGAUUUAUAUUUUCAGCUGCGCCUGGCAUAGCCAUGGUUCACAUGAGAUCUAUCCAGAAUACCAGUCUCUCGACAUAGACGAUGUCAAUACUACUUAUAAAACCGCUUACCAUUUUCAACCAAAAAAUCAUUGGAUUAAUAACCCAAAUGGCCCGAUGUAUUUCAAUGGGGUUUACCAUCUAUUCUACCAAUACAAUCCAUGGGGAGCUGUAUGGGGAAAUAUAGUUUGGGCACAUUCAGUAUCAAAGGACAUGGUUAACUGGGAAUCACUUGACCCUGCCAUAUUCCCCUCAGAAACUUAUGACAUAAAUGGGUGUUGGUCUGGAUCAGCUACUGUUCUUCCCAGUAACAAGCCUGUAAUCAUGUACACAGGAAUCGACCUCACCAUUAGACAACUCCAAAACUAUGCAGUGCCCAAAAAUUUAUCUGAUCCAUAUCUUCGUGAAUGGGUGAAACCAAAGAACAAUCCAAUAGCAGUGCCAGACAAGGGUGAAAACGCCAGUGCAUUUCGUGACCCAACAACUGCCUGGAAAGGCAAAGAUGGUCACUGGAGAAUAGUGGUGGGAGGCAAAAGAGAUCUUAGAGGUAUGACACAUUUGUAUAGGAGCAAAGAUUUCAAAAAUUGGAUCAAAGCUAAACACCCUUUGCACUCGGUCCCAAAUACUGGUAUGUGGGAAUGCCCUGAUUUUUACCCUGUUUCGCUUUCUGCUGGCAAAACUGGUUUGGACACUUCUAUGCUUGGUGGAGAUAUAAAACAUGUUUUGAAAGUUAGUCUUGAUCUUACUAGAUAUGAAUACUAUACCAUUGGUACUUAUCUUCCUGAAAAAGAUAGGUAUGUACCAGAUAAUACCUCUAUUGAUGGUUGGGCUGGAUUAAGAUAUGAUUAUGGAAAUUUUUAUGCCUCUAAAACAUUUUAUGAUCCCCUCAAGAUAAGAAGGAUUUUGUGGGGUUGGGCCAAUGAGUCUGAUACUCGUGAUGAUGAUGUGGCAAAAGGAUGGGCUGGAAUCCAGUUGAUUCCAAGGACAAUUUGGCUUGAUCCUAAUGGAAAACAAUUACUACAAUGGCCUAUAGAAGAAAUCGAAUCUUUAAGGGAUCAAAAGGUUGAAAUGAGCAAUUUGAAACUCCAAAAAGGAGACUUUCCUGAGAUUAAAGGAGUAACAGCUGCCCAAGCUGAUGUAGAAGUUGUCUUCUCAUUUCCAAGUUUAGAGAAAGCUGAAAAUUUUGAUGAAAGUUGGGAUAAUGCAGAAAAUCUAUGUGCACAAAAGGGAUCCCAAGUUCAAGGUGGUAUUGGACCAUUUGGACUACUCACAUUAGCUUCAGAAAAGCUAGAAGAAUUUACUCCAGUAUUUUUCAGGAUAUUUAAAGCACAAAAAAAGAAUGUAGUUCUCAUGUGUUCUAAUGCAUCAAGGUCUUCAUUAUCGCCGAACUUGUAUAAGCCAUCAUUUGCUGGAUUUGUUGAUGUAGAUUUGACUGAUAAUAAGCUUUCUCUACGAAGUUUGAUUGAUAAUUCUGUGGUGGAAAGUUUUGGAGAGAAAGGAAAAACAUGCAUCACAUCAAGGGUUUAUCCAAGUUUGGCCAUCGCUGACAAUGUCCAUUUGUAUGUGUUCAACAAUGGGAGUGAGACUUUGACAGUAGAAAACCUUCAUGCAUGGAGUAUGAAACGUCCUACAACAAUGAACUAGUCCAAAUCAUGAGUAGUAUUCUUGUUAGAUUUUAUUUCUAGUAUUUUGGGCUUUAUUAGUUUCGGAUUUUUAUUUCUACUCUUAUUCGAUUUUUUUUUUCGUGAAAAUAUCUUUUCUUUUUUUAUUUUAGAUUUAGAUGAUGAAUAAAAAAAAAAUUGGACUUGGAAAUAAAACUAUUUAUUUGUGUACCUUCUUAAAUGACUAUUGGCCUACGAGUUCAACAAUUUCAUGGUAGUCCUCCACAUCUUAGAUAGAUCUAAAAUUUUGAAUUUUUUUGAAAAUGCACAAAAACAUUUUCUGAAAUAAAAUUUAUCUUAGUUUAUCUAUAAUUUAAUCCUUAAUAAGAUAAAUGAUUAAUUCUAAUUGUAGCUAUUUAUAGAAGAUGGAAAAUUACUAAAUUAGGACUUUCGUUUUAAUGUUUAUUAUUAUUGUCUUAUAUUAAUUAAAGAGUAAAAUUGUCUAUACAAUUAAUUGAGUAACAAAAGAUGUCAUGUUGCUAACAAGUUUUCAAGGUAGGCUAUAGUGCAAAAUGUACACUAAAAUAGUUCUACUUCCACUA